AUGCCCGGGCGCCUAGACAGCAAAGUUGCCAUCAUCACCGGCGGCGGAUCCGGCUUCGGCGCAGGCAUCGCGCAGAAAUUCGUCACUGAGGGCGCGCACGUUCUCAUCGCCGACCUCUCCUCAGAAAACGGCAGCAAAAUCGCCCAAUCCCUAAACUGCAGCUUCGCCCAAGCCGACGUCACCAAACGCGCAGACUGGGAGAGGCUGCUGCAAACCACCAUUGACAAAUUCGGCGCACUGGAUAUUGUUAUCAACAACGCGGGCUCGACGUACCACAAUAAGCCGACGGAAACAGUCACAGAUGAUGAGUUCAACAUGGUCAUGAAUGUCAAUGUCAAGUCGAUUUAUCUUUCGGCAAGUGUCCUACUACCGUAUUUCCUGCAGAACCAGCGCAGGGGCAGCUUUAUCCAGAUCUCCUCGACGGCGGCGCUGCGGCCGCGUCCGGGAUUGACCUGGUAUAAUGCGUCCAAGGGGGCUGUGAGCACGGCAACCAAGACGAUGGCGGUGGAGUAUGGGCCCAAGGGCAUUCGAUUUAAUGCGAUUUGCCCGGUGGUAGGGAGUACUGCUCUAACGCAUCUGUUUCUCGGAAAGCCGGAUACGGAGGAGAACAGAGCUGGGUUCGUCUCGACAAUCCCGUUGGGGAGACCGAGUACCCCGGCAGAUAUUGCCAAUGCUGCUUGUUAUCUAGCAAGCGACGAGGCAGAGUUUAUCACAGGCGUGGAUUUGGAGGUUGACGGGGGGAGAUGUGUUUAG